CGGCGCUGAUGGGGCCUGCGCGGCGCCCUUUGACCUCCGACCAUGACUUUGAGAAGUGAGGUCCUAAGAGGUGCCGAGGAGCCGGAGUCGGGGUGACGCGCUUCCCUCCCCGCGGGUUGUGCAGGAGUCGGGGUGCCCGCGGGCCCAGCCCCAGCAUGGCUGCUCUGUUUAUGCGGACCUUGGUGGCCUCCGUUGUGGAUCCCCUUCUGCGCCUGAGUCGCGUGGCCGUGAAGCCCCAGGCCUUCUCCACGGCCCUGGCGGGGACCCUGAGUGGCGCCCCGCCCUGCGCACAGGUGCGCUCGCUUCCGCUUCUCCGGUGCCACGCCCAGCCACACCUGCAGCCCUCCCAAGGCUUCAAGACCAAGGGCGUCCUCAGGAAGCGCUGCAGGGACUGCUACCUGGUGAAGAGGCGUGGGCGCUGGUUCGUCUACUGCAAGACCAACCCCAGGCACAAGCAGCGGCAGAUGUAGCCCUCGUGGGAAAUGGUUCUGGCCUUACCAGAGUCAAAUAAAAUGUGAACCAUAAUUAUGAUCCGUGCGCCUCAGGGUUCUGCUGAGCCUGCUUCCCUCCACGUGAGUUCCUUCGUGAUCACUGAGAUUCAGUGAGGCCAGAAUCGUUGUGAAGCAGGAACACACAGCUGGCCUUGUCUGCAGCCGCAGAGUGCGACCCCUUUCUUCCUCCCUUUGGUCUUUUUCAGACGAGGUCCCACAUUACAGCCCUGACUGGUCUAGAACUUGUAGAGAUCCCCUGGUGGUGCCUCUGCCUCCCAGCCAUGCACCAACCACCAAGGUCGGCAGACUCCAAGUGCUUUAAGAACUGACUGAGUCUGAAGGCUCCUGUGGGGGCAAAACAACCCGGGCAAUGUUGUCCCAAGCUUUUACUCAUAGGAAAUUCUGUUUGUAUAGAGCUGUCUUUUGGGAUACCAAUUAAAAACGUUUAUAAAUGCCUGGU